ACAGAAGCUUAUGAACUUAUUGAAGAUCAAUGUGGUGCUGUCCAGGGAUUUCGUCCUAUUAGCAAUUAUGGUACUCGCUCUGCUGGUGAAUUCAUGGUUGAAGUUAAGUUUGUAAUGCCAACAAGCACUACAAAGGCAAUCACUCACGGUGUUAGUUACAAGAACUUGUUGUUUAAAGGCUCUCCUUCUGUUCCUAGUGGCAACAAUACACUUGUGCAUGUCAAGAUGACUCUUUUGCGAAUUCCAGACAAGGAUACGUUUCUGGCGGAUCUCAAAAGAUCUCUGCGUUAUUACGGUGAAGUGUACCAGGUGAAAGAGUACACUUGCGGUGGGUAUUUUGAAGGUGAGCUGUCGGUUAUCCUUGAUAUCUCGGCUGGCUAUAUUGAUGCUUCUGGUGAUAAGGUCAAGAAUGAACCACUUACAAAUAAUUUGUACUUGGAGGAAUGGGACUGUUUUGCU